AUGGCAGAACAGGCAGCCCCCCAGGAGGAGCAGCCAAACAGGAUCAAUGGCAUCGUCCGCUCCGUCGUCAUGUUCCUUGGUGUCCAGAUGGCCAUCAAGUACGGCAUGAGCUAUUUUGGCAUCGGAUCCACCCCUGCCGCCCCCAAGGCCCCAAUCAACCCCUCCGACCCAGCGUCAACUCCGCUUGCCAACGCGCCCCGCCCCCAAGCCACCGCUACCCCUCCAGCUCACCCCGCCUGGGACCUCGGGUCCCCCCUCUCCAUCGUCUUCUACACUAGUACUUCUCCCGCUGCUGAUGACAUCGACCUUGCCAGCCCCUUGUUGCAGUGGGACGACUUGACCUAUGGUAACUGGGCGGACGAGCGGGAAGCCGAUCUGUUGCUGGAUGUGCCCGAGAGCGUGCAGCACAAUGGUAGUUGGUGGUUGCACACUGUCCUCGUCAAGGACGGUGGUCUUCCCACCCAGGCCAGGGCACCCGGCUCCGUCUUUAGCCAGAGCAAGCUCCUUACUCGAUUCCACACCAAGCGACGUAUCAGAAAGGAGAAAAAGCUCAUCGGCAGUAGCGAUGAAGACGAAAAGGAGGAAGAGGAAGAGCCCGUCGAGGUUCCUCACCAGAUCGGCUCCCACUGGGCCAACAACCUCACCGUCUCAAUCGUCUCUGGCGGUGGAGAGGUCGUCCCUUCAGGCCUCGCUCCCCCUGUCCUCCCCGCCUAUACUUUCGUCGACUCGCCCUCUGGCAGGAAAUACUAUCCCCCAGUUUUCUUUAACGAUUUCUGGUUGAUGAAGGAGAGUCUCUACCCCAUCAACGAGACCACCAAGACGCUUCCUCUCCACCUCAACUAUGCGCCCAUCUCCAACAUGAAGCACCAGCUAUUCUCGGCCAUGACCCAGUCUUUCGACCAAGCUUCUGCUCAGGGUACCGGUGGUGGUGCCGAGUUUGACGAGAUCAAGCGAACCCUGUUGGAGACUAGCCCUUGGCUCUUGAUCACCACUGCCAUCGUUACGCUUCUCCACACCCUCUUUGAAUUCCUCGCAUUCUCUAGCGACGUCAGUCACUGGAGGAAGAAGGACAGGGAUCUCGUUGGCGUUUCUCUCAACACUAUUUUGACCAACUGCUUUGUGCAGCUUGUCAUCUUGUUGUACUUGCAUGACAGCUCUGAGGAGACCAGUUUCAUGAUCUUGUUUGGGCAGGGAAUCGGGCUUGUUAUUGAAGCUUGGAAGAUUACCAAGGUCACCAAUGUCCGCAUCCGACCUUCUACCAAUGUCAUCGGCUACUCUCUCAACUUUGAGGACAAGCGCGUGCUUACGGAGGACGAAAAGAAGACUCAAGAGUACGAUGCGCUCGCGUUCAAGCUCGUUUCUUACGCUGCUAUCCCCAUGUUGGCCGUCUACACCGGUUACUCUUGUAACUAUAGCACUCAUCGAGGAUGGUACUCUUUCAUCGUAUCUACUCUCGCCCAAGCAAUCUACAUGUUUGGUUUCGUCCAGCUUGUGCCUCAGCUGAUCAUCAACUACAAGCUCAAGUCUGUUGCCCACAUGCCUAUGAAGGCCAUGAUGUACAAGACCUUGUCUACCGUCGUCGACGACUUUUUCGCUUUCUGCAUCCGAAUGCCCUGGCUCCACCGCCUCGCCUGCUUCCGAGACGACGUCGUUUUCCUCAUCCUCCUCUAUCAACGCUGGAUCUACCGUGUCGACUAUUCUCGAGUCAACGAGUAUGGUCAGGUGAACGAGGGCAUGGUCGAAGAUGUUGGUGGGGAUGUCAAGGAGGGUGCAAAGCCCGAGACGAAAAAGUCCAAGUAA